AUGCGUGAUAUUGACAUCAAGAGUAUUUUGAGUGGGGGCAAGGAGGAUACUCGAUCUGCUGAACAACGGAUAACUCCGUGGGAAGAAGAUUCAGCCGUAAGCAAGUGCCCUUUGUGUCUGGCCAACUUCCACCAGCUCACCAAUCGAAAGCAUCAUUGCCGAUUAUGUGGACAGAUAAUAUGUGCGCAACCGGUGAAACGACCUCAACGACCGCAAUUAUGCUCCAUUCUGUUCGUUGUCGAUCCCAAGACGCGAGAGAUUGAAGAAGUGGGUGAGGGUGUUGACUAUGGUGUACGGAAGCGGAAGACCUCAACUGUCGGCGGUCCAAUACCACCUCAGGAACUUGCAGAGGAAGAGAAGUUUCUACGAGGCGUCAGAAUAUGCAAUCAGUGUCGGCCUGUGUUGCUACGACAGCAGUAUCACCAGCAAGCUACUCAUGUCCCGACGUUCGUCAGGCUUUACGAUGCUUUCAUUGCUCUGGAGAAGGAGAUUGAAGACUCUCUACCGCAGUUCCAAGAAUUGAUUCUUAGCCUGACUCAUGAUUCUCAGCCUACGAAAGAAGCCUCCGCCGCCAGAAAGCGGUUGCUUGAAGCGUUCGCGCAAUACGACGCGAUUGCAAAGUGGAUACGAAACCUCGCUGCACCCAAUGGGGGGUCACAGGAACGAGUCCAGAUCGCAGUCAUGACGCGGGCAAAUCUGUUCUUACAGAAGAACAUGUUCCCUCUCCAGUUUCUACCUAUGCCCAACCAAACGCGCAAAUACAACGGCCUCGGCAACCCCUGUAGCCGUCUGAAGGACGGCUUUGUCGCGGAGUGUGGCGCUCACAAUGAGCGAAUAAGGCUUAUGCGGGGCUGUAGACGACGAGAUGAUAUACCUAAUGGCUGA